AUGCGGCGGAGUUCCCAAGGGGCCACAGGAGGGGGGCCCCCAAAGGGGCCCCCCAGGCGCAGCAGUGCGUCUGCAGCAAAGACAGGGGGCCCCCCUGGCUCGCGGCCUUCCUCCUCCGGGUCCACCGCAGCAGCAGCAGCAGCAGCAGCAACAGCAGCAGCAGCAGCAGCAGCAGCGCUGCCGCGCGAAGCAGUCUACAGGCCGCUGCUUGCUGCUCGCAAACCCCACAGCCUCCGCAAAGGCCCUGCUGCUGCUGCAGUGCUGCCGAAUGGCCACGACCGCUCCAUUCUUUGCCUCGACCUCCACCCCUCGAAGAUGUACUGCGCCACAGGGAGCGCGGACGGCGGCCUGCGUGUGUUCCGGCUUCCGGGGGCCCCCGGGGGCUCCUUGGUGUGCGAAUUGUUCGGGACUUCUUGGGGGCACUCCGACUGGGUCACUUCUUGCGAAUUUAGUUUUGAUGGACUUUUACUUUCGGGGGGAAUGGAUGGCAAAAGGCAGCAAGCAGCAGCAGCAGCAGCAGCAGCAGCAGCAGCAGCAGCAGCAGCAGCAGCAGCAAAUGCUGCUUUCUUGUGUGGGGCCCCCCUAGACGAGCGCGAGGGCCUCGUUUUGGGGGGUGCAGCAGACGGCGCUGUUUACCUGCUGGACAUGGGUUUGGGGGGCCCCCGGGGGGCCCCCCCAGGGGCCCCCGGCGGCGACGCGGGGGGGGCCCCCCUGGGGGGCCCCCUGGGGGGGGGCCCCCCGGGGGCCCCUGAACCCCUUUUCGAAGCCAAGACCUGCUGGGGCUUCGGCUGCAGCAGCAGAGGAGCUGUCCAGACAGUCCGGACUGUGGAGCUGCCCCCCCAGGCAGCAGCAAGUGUGGGGCCCCACACAGAAAGUGUGGGGCCCCACACAGAAAGUGUGGGGCCCCACACUUGUGUUGCAGUCUUGGCUGGCGGCGAUGAUGGCCACUUGGCUUGCAUUCGCCUGCCCUAG